AUUCCUUAUGAAGUUGUGGAAGUCAACCCCCUGACCAAACAAGAAUUGAAAUGGUCGUCCUUCAAGAAGGUCCCUGUUGUCAAGCUCGGGGAAGAGAAGAUGAACGAGAGCAAUUCCAUAAUUGAUGCAAUGGCCGAAAAAGUGGAAGAAUGGAAACGAGAAAAUCAGAAAAAGUCAUCUUGGUUUGGAGGUGCGAAGGUGUCGCCGGCUAGCACAGAGGAGGAAGCGAAAUGGAGAAAAUGGGUGGAUGACCGGCUCAUGAAGAUUAUCACUGCCAACAUUUACAGAUCCUGGGGGGAGUCCUGGAAGACGUUCGACUACAUCACAGACCACGGCAACUUCAACCCCGCCACCCGGCAGGCGGCGAGGCUGUUCGGCACCACCCUCAUGUGGCGCGUUGGCAAGGGCAUGCCCAAGAAGUACAACAUACAGGGCGACCUGCGGGAGGCGCUGUACGAGGCUCUGGACGAGUGGGCGGACGCCGUGGGGGACAGGGACUUCAUGGGCGGCCGGGAGGCCAAUCUGGCGGACCUGGCAGUUUUCGGCGUCAUGAGGUCGAUCGUGGGCACGCCCACCUUUCACGACAUGCUGGCCAAUUCGAAGGUACUGCCGUGGUACCAGAGGAUGAUGGAGCUGGUGGGAGAGUCGUCGAGGACAAACCCAGUGGUCAAGUAG